GUAAAGGCUGUAGGUCAAUCCUUGCGGGUGCUUUUAUUGGAUCUGCUGCUGUCAAGCAGUGCUAAAGAAUUGGAAGGGUAAACGCUGGGAAAAAAAUCACGGAGGAAAAACGAGAAAACAAAAUUAAUAUAAAGAAGCAAGCCAAAAACACACGACGACAGUAUUUUCUACUUAUUAUUUUACUUCUCAGUUACUCUCCGGCUUUUCAUUUCAUGUGCAAUUUGAAACUUUAAAAGAAUUCCGCACAGCUUCAGGGGUUUCUUCUUUUUUUCAAGAAUACGUGCUGUAGAGGUGGUACUACUGGACAAUUUGACAGCCUUUCACAUCUUUUUCUAUUUGGAAAAAUGGUGGGCCUUUAAUACAUUGUGGUCUGGUAUGUUGCGUGUGCCUUAUUGGCGUCUUCAGAAUGUUGCAUAAAUAAAGCACGCGAGUCUGACUUUUUUCCUUUCGCUCCGCGAAAUACAAGCCUAUAUUCUCUGACUAGAUUUUUUUUUCGUUGUUGGCUAUCGAGUGGAAUGUUUGGUUGGAGUGAAACGCUUUUUAUCUGGGGACCCUUCGCGUCAAAAGCGCUGCCAGACGGAAUAUUGCAUGAAUUUAAAUAGCCUGUUGAUGGAAAUGACUUGGCGAUGAAGUGGACACGACUGUAGCGAGACUGGGUGAGAGCCCUGUGGCGGACCAAGAAGGAGAAAUAAUAACAGUAAGCCUUAAAUAACCGAGUUGCUUCAUUGGAAAGAAGAGAACAAUUUGCAUAUGUCUGGGUGGUAAAGCAUCAGAAGAAGCGAGCUAACUAUACUGAUAACAAUAAUGAUGGCAUAUAAAACAUUCGUGCAAGGAUAAAAAAUGCUUCGUGGGAGAAUGAGUGGAAUACACGCGGGGAUGGAUGCAGCUACAGUGAGGAGAGAAAUGCGAAAGCGACUGGAAUAGAUGGAUUUGUUCUGGGGAGGGGGAACCCAACGCUUGUGCGUAAUUUUAUAGUUUACUUCAUGAAAUAGACGGAAAGGAAACUGAUUUCCUGGUAGGGGGAAAAAGGAAGAUAAUAUAUUAUUCAUGCUUUGUGGAAGGGAAACGAGUGAAAGCCUAUAUCUUUGCAUAAGAAUAAACAGGAGUAUAUAAGCAUUGAUUGUGGAGAGAGAAUCUUAAAAAAAUCAGGACACUACAAACACAGUAAACCAAGGAAAAGAAGAAGAAAAGUGAAUUUGAAGCAUGGGCUGUGCUUCAAGUAUUCACAUCACAGAUAGCAGAGUGGUCUAUCACAGUGGCAAGGAGUCCGAGGAUUCAAACUCGCCCCACCAAACCAACUCAAGUCAGUCUCAGCAGCAUCUGCAGCCGGGGAAUACAGUGCCGGGAUUAUUCAUUAAACCCUCCAACGCGUCAUCCACUUACAAGGUGAGGGGUAAUUCCUCCAAGAAAGGCAAGAAAGAGAACAGUCAGAGCAUGGCUUCAGAAACCCAAAGCUGCCGAUCCAGUGCAAAGGCAGCAAUUACAGAAGUGCAGUUUGGACCAAUGAAGCUCCAUGAAGAUCAACUUCAGGUACUUUUAGUGUUCGCCAAAGAUGACAAUCAGAGCAAUGGGUUUUGCUGGGCAUGUGAGAAGGCCGGUUACAGGUGCAACAUUGCCAGGACUCCAGAAUCUGCUUUAGAAAGUUUCUUAGAAAAGCACCACGACAUCAUUAUCAUCGAUCAUAGGCAUUCCAGAUAUUUUGAAGCAGAAGCCCUGUGUCGAUCUCUUAGAGCUGUGAAAUCAGCAGAACACACGGUAAUUGUUGCAGUAGUUCGAAGGCAGGAUCGUGAGGAUGUGUCCAUUCUGCCCCUCAUUUCAGCAGGAUUUAACCGGAGGUAUAUAGAAAAUCAUAAUGUAAUGACUUGUUUUAAUGAACUACUUCAACUGGAGCAUGGGGAAGUAAGGGCGCAGUACAAACUAAGGGCAUGCAACACUAUUUUCACAGCAUUAGAGCAAAGCCAAGAAGCCAUUGAAAUCACAAGUGAAGAUCAUGUGAUUCAGUAUGUAAACCCUGCAUAUGAAUCCUUAAUGGGUUAUCACCAAGGGGAAUUAAUAGGAAAAGACUUUACUGAAGUGCCUAAAAGUGAGAAAAAUAAAGCUGAUCUCCUGGAAACUAUUAAUUCUUGCAUAAAGAAAGGAAAGGAAUGGCAAGGAAUAUUUUAUGCCAAAAAGAAAAAUGGAGAUAGCAUACAACAAAAUGUGAAGAUUAUCCCUGUUAUUGGGCAGGGAGGAAAAAUUAGACACUAUGUGUCUAUUAAACGGCCUUUAAAUGACAAUAAUAAGGCUGAUAAAGCAAAUGAACGUGUACAAGCAGAAUCUCAAACAGAUAUCCAGUCAUGUAAGCACAAAGACAGAAGGAAAGGUUCAUUAGAUGUUCGAUCUACAACGUCACGAGGGAGUGAUGGUAGUUCACAGAGAAGGCACUCCUCCAUGGCUCGGAUACAUUCUAUGACCAUUGAAGCUCCAAUUACUAAGGUAAUUAAUAUCAUAAAUGCUGCACAAGAAAGUAGCCCGAUGCCUGUGGCAGAAGCCUUAGACCGAGUGCUGGAGAUCCUGCGAACCACUGAGCUUUAUUCUCCACAGCUGGGAACCAAAGAUGAAGAUCCACAUACAAGUGACCUUGUUGGGGGUCUUAUGUCAGAUGGAUUACGGAGAUUAUCAGGGAAUGAGUAUAUCUUCGCAACAAAACAAACCCAUCACAUAGCUGGUCAUCUCAUCACUCCACUCUCACUGAAUGACAUCCCACCCCGUGUAGCACAGACUAUGGAAAAUGAAGAGUCCUGGGAUUUUGACAUUUUCAAUUUGGAAGGUGCAACUCUGAAAAGGCCAUUGGUUUACCUGGGUCUUAAAGUGUUUUCACGUUUUGGAGUCUGUGAAUUCCUGAACUGCUCUGAAGCAACACUGAGGUCCUGGCUGCAAGUAAUUGAAGCAAAUUAUCACUCCUCCAACUCCUACCACAACUCAACACACUCAGCUGAUGUUUUGCAUGCAACGGCCUAUUUUCUGUGUAAAGAAAGGGUCAAGCAAAGUCUUGAUCAGAUUGAUGAAGUAGCUGCCCUUAUUGCUGCCACUAUCCAUGAUGUGGACCACCCUGGAAGGACAAACUCCUUUCUGUGCAAUGCUGGCAGUGACCUGGCUAUCCUCUAUAAUGACACUGCAGUGUUAGAAAGCCAUCAUGCGGCUCUAGCCUUCCAGCUUACUACAAGAGAUGACAAGUGUAACAUUUUUAAAAACAUGGAAAGGAAUGAAUAUAGAACACUCAGGCAAGCCAUUAUCGACAUGGUUUUGGCAACUGAAAUGACAAAGCACUUUGAGCAUGUCAACAAGUUUGUAAACAGCAUUAACAAGCCUUUGGCAGCACUGGAGGAAAGUGGGGGGAAUGGAGAUGCAGAUUCCGUCAAAAGCAUAUUGACCUCUCCAGAAAACCGCAUUCUUGUCAAACGCAUGCUGAUCAAGUGUGCCGACAUCUCCAAUCCCUGCAGACCACUAGAAUUGUGUAUUGAGUGGGCAGGACGUAUUUCCGAAGAGUAUUUUGCACAGACCGAUGAAGAGAAAAGACAAGGUCUCCCUGUGGUAAUGCCUGUUUUUGACAGAAACACGUGUAGCAUUCCCAAAUCACAGAUCUCCUUCAUUGAUUAUUUUAUAACAGAUAUGUUUGAUGCUUGGGAUGCAUUUGCAGAUCUGCCAAAUCUGAUGCAACACCUGGACAACAACUUCAAGUAUUGGAAGGGACUUGAUGAGAGAAAGUUACGAAGCUUGCGACCGCCACAGGAAUAGCAGGCAUGAACAUGUUGGUUUGGUUUUGUUUUUUGUUUUUUUUGAACAUAAAGGAUAGACUGCCAUCGGAGUUCUCUCUUGUUCGUAACAAGACGGACUGCUUUCUGCUAAAAUGUCCUCGGUCCGGGUUGAACUGAAGACUUCAGAUCAGAAUUAAGCAAAUGCAAUGAAUUGUCCAAACUGUGGUUCCUGAAGUAUGUGAUAAAAGUGAAAGCAUUGCUGCUUAGCUCACCUUAACACAGGAAGGCGACUUUUCUAAAUAUUGGGCAGAAACGUCAAAGAGAGGUGACAAACUGAACACAAAGGCAUGUAUUCCGGUGGAGCUGACAGACGACCAAGAAAUCAGGAAGAAGAAACUGCGCAAACAGUGUUGUGUUGGGACUACUGUUGCCUUCUCCAGUAUUACCUAAGGCUCUGGCAGCACUGUUGAAAAAACGUACAUGGACAAAAAAAAA